AUGGGGUGCAUUGAUCAUCGUCGGAAGAACAUCCAGUACAAGGCGGAACAGAAGUGGGAUUACAUCAGCCUGAACGAUUUCCGUUCGCGAGGAUGCCUAACCCCGUUCGCGUACUUCUACCUCUGGCUCAUGCUGCUCAUCUCAGUCGCCGUCUACGGCGUUGAUAUGUUCACUGCCAUCAACCUGCUCGCCUUCGACAAGUGGUCUUCCGAAAUCGAUCCCGCCAUCGACUUUAAGAUAUCGAAAUGGAUCUUUUCCGUCUCCAUCAUUGCGUCCUUCGUCAACCUUGCCUUUGAGCAGUUCCGGGCUUUGCGCGUCAUGAAGCGAGGAAACGUUGCUGAAUGCUACCUCGACAACAUUGCCGUCCGCCUGGAGAGUACUCGCAUGGGAAAGGGACAGGGCUGGAGACGUUUCCUGGUUUUUGCCGAACUCACCAAGAGCAAGAAGGGAGCCGAGUACAUCGCUCUGUUCACCUACUUCAGCUUCCAGUCCUGGAUCCGUGUCAUCGUCUGUUCCGGCCCCCGUCAAGUCGUCAACGCCCUCACCCUGAAGUCCGUCUACGACGCCAAGCUUGCCGUUCACGAAGCUUCCGUUGAGGGUUCCCUGCUGGGUUUCUUCGAGAAGAUCAGGCAACUUGCUACCGAGGACUACCAGCAGGCACUGAUCUUGUCUGGUAUGCUCUUCACCCUCAUCAUCUGGGUCUUCUCCGCUCUCUACCUCAUCAUGGCGGUUCUGUUCUACGUCCUGUUCCUGUGGCACUGGAUUCCCAAGGAUGACGGUGGUCUCUCCGGAUACUGCGAACGCAAGGUCAACAAGGCCCUCACCAAGGUUGUCACGGCCAAGGUCAACAAAGCGUUAGCCAAACAGGAUGCAGACAGGAAGAAGGCGGAGAUGAAGGCAGCCAGGAAGAACGGCGAGAAGAUUGCCCCUGAGCGACAGGCAACUCUUCCCACCAUCCCCAACGUGGGAGACCCCGACAAGCUCGCCGAGAUGCCCAUGAUCAGCCGCAGCGACACCUUCGCGACGCUGCCUGCUUACGAGUCUCGCCCUGGCACUCCUGGCAGCUUCGAACUCGGCGCCAUGGACCAGAAGCGGCCAGUCCCGUCGAGGAUGGGCACCACCACCUCAACUGCCAGCUACUCUUCUCGCGCGCCUCUCGUCGGUGGUGCUGCGGACAUGGGCUACCAGCGAUCCGCGUCUCCCGCUCCCUCGCUGCCUCCCUUGGACCUCAACAACUACCCCCCACCCGCACGACCCGGCACCUCGAAUUCGCAAAGAAGCUUCCGCCCUCAGCUGUCACAUGUGCACACCAACUCACAAAGCUCCCUGCGGGGUAUCUCGGAGAGUCCCGCUACCUAUUCCCCGGAUACGAUGCCACCUUUCCCGCCCCCUGUUCGAACUGGCACUGGCGACAGCUACAGAUCCCAGGGCCCUUACCAGGGUGGCCGGCCUACUCCUGCUCCGCGGGCCACCUACGACGACUACUCUGGUCAGUCCAACGGAAGAGCCAGCCCAGCGCCUUCGUCCUACUCAUCACGCACCCCUGCUCCGCGGGCCCCUGGCUACCAAGCCUAUCAGCCUUUCAACCCCCAGCAGCGAAGUGCCACUGGUCCGAUUCCUCCGCGUGGCCCGACCACUGCUCCCACGCGGAACAUGACGGCGCCUGUUCCUCCUCGACCUCAGGAGGACUACUUCGCCCGUCCGGGAACGUCACAGAGCCAGAGACCCCCGAGAAACCAGGGCUACGGCGGCUACAACGGCUACAACGAUGACGUCGAGUCCCAGAGAGGCCCGCGGUACUAG